AUGUCCGCCAAUGACCGUCGUACGAGCUACAUGAGCGCUCCGCGACCCCGCGCUGUCUCCAAUCGCGUCGGCGCUGAUAGGCCUGGUCGCGGCGCCGCGUCGCCGCAACCGCCAGAGAUGAUGGAUUCUCUGCGCACCAGCACUACGAGCCCGAAACAACGAUCUCUUCGAGGGCCAAAGCUAGUUGGCGAUACGCGUGCGGAGCGAAAUGUGACAUCAGCGCGGGAAAAGACUGCGCGGAGGAAUCCGAUCAAAGAAGGCCCCAGCACUGCAAGUCGCGGAGGAUGGGAAAAGCCCAGAUCCCAAAAGCCAAAGGUGGCCGAUGGAGUGAGCAGCUCGUUUGGAAGCAAAGAUGCACAGAGCUCACCGGGAGGUUCGUGCUCGUCCCCCGUCCGCGCGCCUAAUGUGCGGGAUGGUAUAGAGCUUCAAGGUGGCACAUGUGCUGACUCUCUGCCUUCUCUAGUGUCAUGGAAUCCUAUUGCUUCUUUGAUUCCACAUUCGACAGCUCCGCUCGCCUGUCGGGUCUCAACGCCUCCGUUAGCAUCCACUGCGCCGCCGUCGCUCCUCCCUCGGCCCUUUCAAGAUCUCUCGUCCCAUGACCAGGAGGCUGCUCUUUUGGAGGAUCUUCUCUUCGUUUUCAUGGGUUACGAGGGCCAAUACAUUCACUACCAUAGCUCAUACGAUCCAACCUCGGAAAAAGACCGCUUGACUGGACCCGUGUUCCAAGUCGCAGGAGGGUUAGAUCCGACACUGCGCGAUCUCACCCAGUCAAUGCUGAAGAUGGCCACACACUUCAGCGCCCUGGAAGCCUUUGUGGAAAUUCAGAGCCGAGCAGAGUAUGGUGCUGUUUGUCACGCGCUGUGCGCGUCCAUUCGCAAAAUCCUGAAGGACUAUCUCAUUUUGAUUGCCCAACUGGAGGGUCAACUAUUAAAUAAUCCGAAUUUCACGUUGCAUCAACUUCAUCUUCAUACAAUGUCGACAAGCCAGUGCUUUGUGCAGCUGUAUUCCAUCGGGCAAGACCUUCUGAGAAAGAACGGUCUGCUGGACGCAGACGAGCUUGACGAGACCAUCGACGAUUUUGAUGAUGUGGACAAUAUUCUUGAACAACUCAAAGAGGGAGGCGAUCUCGUACCGGGAUCGACCAGAAAGGUUUGCAAAGGCGGCAACGUGCUGAGGCUCUUGACGGAGCGACUAGCAACAUUUUCGGGUGAUCCUACAACGAAGACCCUCAUCCAAACAUUAUUACGAGAUGCCAGCCGACCGUACAUGAACAUGCUGAAUGAGUGGCUUCAUCACGGGGGCAUCAAAGACCCGCAUGCGGAGUUCCUGGUCAAGGAACAAAAGUGGAUCAAAAGGGAGAAGCUGGAGGAGGACUAUACUGAUGAGUAUUGGGAGAAGCGGUAUACGAUCCGUGAUGACGAGGUGCCUCCCCAGUUGGAAGGCGUCAAAGACCGGGUUCUUUUAGCCGGCAAAUACUUGAAUGUGGUACGAGAAUGCGGUGGAGUCGAUGUUAGCAAGGCGGUCCAAGAUGUCCCCAAAACGCUGGACGACCCUCGUUUUUUGGAAAACGUCAACGCAGCCUAUACGCACGCCAACGCCUCCUUGCUAAAUCUUCUGCUUACGAAGAACUCUCUGACGACUCGAUUCCGCUCUCUCAAACACUACUUUUUCCUCGAUCGGUCCGACUUCUUCUCGUACUUCCUCGAGCUGGGCGCGUCAGAAUUGCGCAAAAAUGUGAACGUGGUCAACGAGAGCAAGCUCCAGUCAUUGCUGGAUCUUGUUCUACGGCAGCCUGGGAGCAUUGCCGCUCAGGAUCCUUUCAAAGAAGAUGUGAAGGUCCGAAUGAACAAAGUCGAUCUGACCAAAUGGUUGAUGCAAGUAGUCAGUGUCUCUGGGAUCGAUCAGGAUCACCCGGAGGCUGCUUUUGAGAAACAACAAGCGGCCUCUUCCCACGCCUCUGAUGAUGAUAACAGCAUCACGGGCUUCAGCGGUCUUGAGCUGGACUACUCCGUACCCUUCCCGCUUUCCCUCGUCAUCAGUCGCAAGACCGUUCUUCGCUAUCAGUUGAUCUUCCGUCAUUUGCUUUCCCUGCGACAUGUCGAGACGUUACUUGUGACGUCCUGGGCGGAUCAGAACAAAGUUGCUAGCUGGCGACAUCGAUCCAGCGAUCGCCGACUUGAGCUGUGGAAGCGACGGGCGUGGAAUCUCCGAGCCAAAAUGCUGGUUUUCGUGCAACACCUGUUAUACUUCUGUACUGCCGAAGUCAUCGAGCCGAAUUGGGUGGCUCUGAUGGAUCGAGUCAGUGGAGCUGAUGCUGAUGGCUCCGAAGUGACCGUCAACGGGUCAAAACAAGUGAAUCGAACAGUCGAUGAGUUGAUGCAAGAUCACGUGGAUUUCCUGGAUACCUGCCUUAAGGAAUGCAUGCUCACCCAGGCCAAGCUGCUGAAGAUUCAUUCCAAGCUUAUGACCUGCUGCACAAUGUUUGGUCAAUGGACUGCCUCGUCACUCUCGCGUGCUCUGGUCUCGGCCGAUCCAGACUUGGCGGGAGACAAGACCGGUGCGCCUGAUGCCCGCGCGUACGAUCCAUCCCGUAUCGUGAAGCUCGAGGAGACCCUCAAGCGUUACGAGGACCACUUCAACCGCCAUCUCCGUAUUCUUAUGGACAGUUUGAACUACUUCGCCGCAACCGAGAGCGUGGUGCUCCUGAAGCUGGCUCAUUCUCUCAGUUCCAUCAAGCGCACCAGAUUUUGGGUUGGAUGCACGCGACAAGCCCCGCCACAGCUUUUCUCCAUCGUAGUCGCGCUCGUGGUUCUGCGUCGGGCUCGGAUCGGGAGAAGACUUGAUGAGCUUUGCUCCUCACUGUCUUCCCCUGCCAGUAACGUCUGGGUAUGCUGGACUUUCUUCUACGUCUAUGGGAAAUCCCCCGACAAGGCGCUGUGUUCCCCUUCCUCUAGCCCUCCUUCACGCUACACCCGUCCAGGGAAAACCCGGUCAGCUCUCUGCAUGAAGUGGAGCAUGCAAGCUCUGGGUGCCCGGUGGAUCUCAGGAGAAUCCCUGGGUGAUCGCGAUCAGACGAUGCGAGGCGAGUCGGUGCUUUGUUUCACCUUUCAGAUCAGACCAACAGACUGCGCCCACCAGUCGGAGUAG